CUACUGGAAAGAAAUGCGCUGAACAGUAUCUAGGCUAGACUGAGUUCAGAGGCAAAAGGGAGACAACCAAAAUACCUCACCGAGGCCCAAAUUUAUUUUCCCGCACCCCAUAAUUUGUCUCUUUUUGAUGAUGACAGAUAAAUCGGAGAAACGAGGGCUUUGGUGAUGCAUCUGCUUUUUAAAUUUCCGCGUUUUGUUGAAUUUCUUUCACACCGUAGACACUGAGCAGCAGCCAGGCGCGGAGUCCUGCUGUCCCGUGGAAUUAUCACGGAACCGAGGCGAGAUACGUAUGGAACAUGGCUGCUAUGAGGACUUUAACUGUGGCAGGUCUGUUUUUGGCAUUUUGCGCUUUGGGACUGAUAGCCGUGGCGAUCAGCACUGACAACUGGUACGAGACUGACGCGAGGCGGCACCGGGAACGCUGCAAGAAUUAUUCAAACAAAAGAAAUGACCCGGGCUACAUCUACAUCUCCAGCAACAAUCUUCCUCUUCGCAUGCUGCCCAAGGAGAAAAACGUAGAGAGGAAGGGCUCCAGUGUCAGCGGUGGAAUUCUGCUGCGGGCUAAGCGGCACUUCUUGCCUCCUGCCCCGGCCAUGGAGUCCCUCUGCAGUCGGCAUUUUAACUCCACGAUCACCGGACUGUGGAGAAAGUGCCACCGAGAGGGAUUUGACCUGGAGACAGAGGAUUUGAUCUUCAAAGGAUUGGUUCCGCGCUGCACACCAAUAAAAUACUACUACUCGUCGUCAGUGCUCCCCAGAAAUCUGCCAAUCAACCUGACAAAGACUAUCAGGCAGGAUGAGUGGCACGCGCUCCACCUCCAGAGGAUGACUGCUAGCUUCAUAGGCAUGGCCAUAGCCAUCAUCCUAUUCGGCUGGAUCAUAGGCGUGUUGGGUUGCUGCCAGGAGCAUGAUCUGAUGCAGUAUGUGGCUGGACUCCUCUUUCUCAUGGGAGGGACCUGCUGCAUAAUCUCCCUCUGCACAUGUGUGGCUGGGAUUAACUUUGAACUGUCCCGCUAUCCUCGCUAUAUGUUUGGAAUACCAGAGGACAUCAGUCAUGGGUAUGGCUGGUCCAUGUUUUGUGCGUGGGGCGGACUGGGCCUUACAUUGCUGGCUGGCUUCCUGUGCACACUUGCUCCUUCCCUCUACCCUCCACACACCCCUGUGGUGCACAAGCCAAGACAAGAGAACGGCUGUGUGUGACAGACAUCCCAAAAACAGUGACAAACCCUGUUCCAGAGACAGUUUCAUCCAGGGACUCAAAGCAGAGGGCGCCUUCACACAGCUUGGCACAGAGAAAGCACAGGAGACUGGCUACCACUCACAUGAAAAUAAUGAAGAGGAGACAUUUGACUGGAUUUCAGUUCCUCUGGUGCUUUUUUCUGUCCCUCUUUAUGAAUGAACUGUUCAGUGUUAUUACUCGAUCACCAAGGAGAAAAUGAUCAUUUCUUCAUGUGAAAUCUGCCAGUUUAAGAAGAAAAAGGAAAAAAAAGAGAAAAACAAUCUCUGGCAGGAGAUCAAUAGCACAACUUUGAAAAAAAACUGUUGAAGAUAAAACUAUGGAUGUGUAUUCUCACAUUUCAAAGGGCAACUGUGUAUCAUUAUGUAUCCAUUCUAAACAAAAUAUGUACAUGUACUUUUUGAAUUGUAUGUAUGCAGAUGCAUUUGUGUUUAUUCAAGGAAAAAUAUGAGCAUUAAGACCAAACUGUGUUUGAGGGAAAUGUUUUCUUGUUCUUGAGGUCUGACUCCCAUCAAGAUAUUUUUGAAAAAUAAAACAGCCAUGCAAAACUUAUGUUUUUCUGUGGGAAACCUUAAACAGACAUCUUCUAAAUGUUUUUGUUGGUGUCGUGCACAGUGAUACGAGUUCACUGGUGCGUGAGCAAACAGAGAAGCCUGCCAACAGACUGAAAACUUUCACAACAUUAUGAAACUGUGGCUAAAUAUAUCUCUGUUAGUGUUACGAGUAAA